AUGUUCGCAACGGGCGAGCAUCUGCCAGCAAUUCGAUCAGUUUCAAAUUUGUCACUCAAAGCAGUCUAUUCAAGAUCACAAAAAUCGGCAGAGGCGCUCGCAAAGAUGGCUGGAGACGGCGUGGAAGCGUACUUCGAAAUUCCCAGCACUGCAGACCGAAAUCUUGAUGUCUUGUUAGCACGGUGCGAUAUCGAGGCGGUCAGUGUUGCAGUCAGCAUCUCUAAAUCACCUGAUCUCAUCAGAAAGAGCCUCGAGGCAGGGAAAAGCGUUCUCAGUGAAAAGCCGAUCGCUCCGACUGUUUCGAUCGCCCAGGACCUUGUCGAGCUAUACAACAAGCAGCGUCAAGCAAAGCAAAUCUUAUGGGCAGUGGGAGAGAACUUCCGAUUCUGGAAUUCGAUCAACAGAGCCGCUGGCAUCAUUCGAAAGCUGGAGGCCACGAUUCUCACAUUCCGAUGUGAGAUCUAUCACUUCAUCGGUGUGGAGGACAAAUACUUCCACUCGGACUGGCGUCAGGCGGCGAGCCACCCAGCUGGAUUCGUGCUCGACGCAUGUAUCCACUUCAUAGCAAUACUUCGCUUCCUGCUUGCUGCAGGCGGACACACCAUAGCAACAACAUCUGCGCAUGCGACAAUGCUUGAUCCUGCACUUCCACCAGUAGACUCCGUCUUUGCAGUCUUGCAGACCGACAAAGCCGCCAGUGGAACAUUUCGGUUCUCAGUUGGCAUUCCUUUCCUGGACGGGAUAGAUUAUGAUAUUGUGACGGACAUGGGAAUUGUUAGCGUCCGUGGCCCAACUGUAGUUACAACGCAGUUGAAGGAUGACGCUGGCAAGGUGAUUGAGGACAAAUUCGAAGAUGACAUGACUUUCGGAGUUCCAGACGAGUUUGCGGCCUUUGGGGCUGCAUUGAACGGCGUUAAGUUAGACUCCAGGAUAUCGGUUGAGGAAGCUAUGGCUGAUCUGAAACUCUUGGAGGCCAUGCUCAGAUCGAACGGCCAUAAUGUACAGCUUGGCUGA